UGCAGCGUUUAACAGUUUAAGCGUUGAAAUUAUAUUGUUUGUCAUGCUUUUUCUCGGCUCACGACCGAAGCAGAUUGUUUUUUAUCCCGUUUGUGGUCUUUUAAUUAACGAGGAUUAAUGCGUCUAUCUGUGACAAUGAUACUGUGCGUCUGUUUAUGUGUGCUGCUGGGCCUACUAAGAGAUGUUUCUGCAGCCUCUGGGUCUAUCUACAAGAAGGUGGGUGAUGAAGUUGUCCUCAAACCAGAUGUGUCGGGCCCCAUCACAAGUAUCACGUGGAAACAUGGUGCUGACCUUGCCAUGCAGUGGGAUGGACCGGGAACGGACAUCGACGCUUAUCGUACAUUUAAAGUACAAGGUAAACUGAACGUUUCAACUGGAGAGAUGACUAUCACAAACCUGACUCUACAAGACACCGGCGUAUACACACCAGAUAUCAACAACAAAGCCGAAAGUUCAAUUAAACUGGUUGUCAUCUUUCCUGUCCCUACACCCACCGUCUCUGAAUCCUGCAAUGAGGAUAAGACCACAUGUACUUUGACCUGUGAUGGGAACACCACCGGCACUGGAGACGUCACCUACAAAUGGAAAAUGGACGAUUCAUUGAGCCAGACGUCUAAGAUACACACUAUUACAAAGGAGAACAGCUCAAACAUUACAACGUUCAGCUGUGUCCUGCUGAAUGAAAUAAGUGAGGAGAUCAGCAAACCCAUCAAGAAUCCUUUAAGCCUUGGUCCAGGUCCAACCCCAUCCCCAGGCCCAGGCCCAGGCCCAAAUACUGACAUGCCUGCAGAAGGUCUGAAAAUCAACACAGGGCUCACAGUGUUCAUCUCACUUCUGACAACUGUAGUGCUGCUGGGUCUCAUUCACAGAUGGAAAGCAGGGAUGUGGUUCUUCCAGAAAGCAUCUAUGCCGUGGGAAGCAGACUUUUGGAGGAAGGACAAUGAACAGAGAGAUCCUGUUGAAUCUAAUGGCACCACUGCUCGACCAGAGAAGAGACAAAUAGAUGAUGAGGAAACACCGAUGAGAGAAGAGUAGAUGGAAAGACCAUCUGCAAGAUCCAGAGUGAUGCUGAGGUGUUUUAGAAAGUGCUCAUGUGGAGUGUGAUUUUGCUACAAGUGGGUAUCCAAAUAAUACAAACAAUAACACUUAAAAUCAACACUAUGAGAUCAGUCCAACAAAUGUAAUUUAGAAUAUUUAUUUUUCAAAUCAGUCUAACAUUAAUAGCAAAGCAGAUAGUGACAGUAAAUUGUAUUUUAACACUACCUUUUAAGUUUAGUGAUAUUUUAAACUGACCAAAAGUGGAUUUAAAGGUAUUUUGGGGAUCUUUCUGUUAAUGUGAAGACACUAAAUCAACAGAUGCAUUAAAAAUAUGUUUUUAAGACUAUGGUGCAGCUGCUGGCAUCAGUUCAUCUAGCUGUUACCAUCAUGAGUUAUGUAUGAAAACACUAAAAGACACUAAGAAGGGAAAUAUGAAGCUAAAUAUUUUUUAAAAAGUGAAAUAAUAAGAGAAUAGCACGACAGUUCAGGUAUAGUUUAUAAGUCAAUAGUGCUGCAGUGAAUAAAAAGCACUGACAUAAAGAAUGAAGUGCCUUAAAGUUUAGACAAUGCAAGGAAGCCCAUUAAAGUGAGCUUUCCUGUGACACACACCAUACCUGACAUCGGCUGGCACCUCCAGCACAUUUAAGCAGAGGCUGGGGAGGAUAUGUGAGUGCUAUCUGAGCCAGGUCUGGUGUGGAUCCAUGCAGCCUCUUUGUGUGUGUGGGGGGGCUUAACUGACAGCAGAGUGAGCGGGGAAGGAAAGCCAUUGUCU